UUGCUGCCGUCUCGUUUAGGCCUCAGGUCUGGCAAGCUCGGGGAGCAGUGCGAAGCCGUCGUCCGUUUUCCCAGGCUCUUCCAGAAGUAUCCCUUCCCCAUUCUGAUCAACUCGGCGUUCCUGAAGCUGGCCGAUGUGUUCAGAGUCGGGAACAACUUCCUGAGGCUGUGUGUGCUGAAAGUUACUCAGCAGAGUGAAAAGCACUUAGAGAAGAUCCUGAAUGUGGAUGAGUUUGUCAAAAGAGUUUUCUCAGUAAUUCACAGCAAUGAUCCAGUCGCUCGGGCUAUUACACUCCGGAUGUUGGGCAGCAUGGCAUCUAUUAUUCCAGAAAGGAAGAAUGCACAUCACAGUAUUCGUCAGAGUUUGGAUUCCCAUGACAAUGUGGAAGUUGAAGCUGCUAUAUUUGCUGCUGCCAACUUUUCUGCACAGUCCAAGGAUUUUGCUGCUGGGAUAUGUAAUAAAAUCAGUGAGAUGAUUCAAGGUUUGGCCACACCUGUGGACUUGAAAUUGAAGUUGAUCCCUAUUCUUCAGCACAUGCAUCAUGAUGCUAGCUUGGCCUCCAGCUCCCGGCAGCUGCUCCAGCAGCUGGUGACGUCCUACCCCUCUACCAAGAUGGUCAUUGUUUCUCUGCAUACCUUCACACUGCUUGCUGCUUCUUCUUUGGUUGACAUUCCUAAGCAGAUCCAACUUUUGUUGCAGUACUUGAAAAAUGACCCCAGGAAGGCUGUGAAGAGGCUUGCAAUCCAAGACUUGAGGUUGUUGGCCAACAAGACACCACAUACAUGGAGCAGAGAAAAUAUUCAGGCACUCUGUGAAUCUGCUCUUCACACUCCUUAUGACAGCUUGAAAAUGGGCAUGUUAUCUGUUCUUUCCACAUUAUCAGGAACCAUUGCCAUUAAACAGUACUUCAGCAGUGCUUCAGGAACAGCAGCUACAACUGCAAGAUCAUUUGAUUUAGUAAAACUGGCACAGGAGUGCUGUUACCACAAUAACCGUGGCAUUGCAGCUCAUGGUGUGAGAAUUCUGACUAAUAUAUCAGCCUCUUGUCAGGAACAAGAUCAUCUGCCUUUGGAGCAAGAUGCAGUUUUUGGCUUAGAAGCUCUUCUUGUUCUUUGUAGUCAAGAUGACAGUCCAGGAGCUCAGGCAACCUUAAAGAUCACGUUAACUUGUAUGGUGAAGCUGGUCAAGUGUCGUCCUCACCUGAGCCAGUCAGUGGUUGAAUCCCUGCUGGCACAGCUGCACAGUGCCCAGGACAAUGCCAGGAUUCUCAUGUGCCACUGUUUAGCAGCUAUUGCCAUGCAACUGCCUGUCCUAGCAGAUGGGAUACUAGGAGACCUGAUGGACCUCUAUAAAUUGAUUGGACAAUCUGCCACAGAUAAAAAACAGGAACUUUUGGUUUCUCUUGCCACAGUGAUAUUUGUGUCCAGUCAGAAAGCUUUGUCCACAGAAAUCAAAACUGUUAUCAAACAGCAGCUUGAGAAUGCCUCCAAUGGAUGGACAGCCUACAGGAUAGCCAGGCAGGCUUCCAGAAUGGGCAACCAUGACAUGGCCAGAGAGCUGUAUCAAAGCCUGCUGACUCAAGUGGCUUCAGAACACUUCUACUUUUGGCUGAACAGCUUGAAGGAGUUCUCCCAUGCAGAGCAGUGCCUGACAGGUUUGCAGGAAGACAACUACAGCUCAGCACUCUCUUGCAUUGCUGAAGCUUUAAAAUCCUAUCACAAGGGAAUAGCAUCACUCACGGCUGCUAGUACACCACUUAAUCCUCUGAGCUUUCAGUGUGGAUUUGUGAAACUCAGGAUUGACCUUCUGCAAGCUUUUUCUCAACUUAUUUGUACCUGCAACAGCCUCAAAACAAGUCCUCCACCAGCUAUUGCCACCACAAUUGCUAUGACGUCAGGAAAUGAUCUUCAAAGGUGUGGACGCAUCUCUAACCAGAUGAAACACUCCAUGGAGGAAUUCCGAAACUUGGCCACACGGUAUGGAGAUCUGUAUCAGUCAUCUUUUGACGCAGACUCGACAACUCUAAGGAAUGUAGAACUACAACAGCAGAGCUGUCUGUUGAUUUCACAUGCAAUAGAAGCUCUGAUUUUAGAUCCAGAAUCUGCAAGUUUCCAGGAAUAUAGCUCGAAUGGAACAGCUCAUGUUGAAAGUGAAUAUGAGAGAAGAAUGAUGUCUGUAUUUAAUCAUGUUCUAGAGGAAGUGGAAUCCCUCAACAGGAAGUAUGCUCCCGUGUCCUAUUUGCAUACAGCUUGUCUGUGCAAUGCUGUCAUUGCCUUGUUGAAGGUGCCCCUUUCAUUUCAAAGGUACUUUUUUCAAAAGCUGCAGUCUACAAGUAUUAAGCUUGCUCUAUCCCCAUCUCCGAGGAACCCAGCAGAACCUAUAGCAGUACAGAACAAUCAGCAAUUGGCCCUCAAGGUGGAAGGAGUGGUUCAGCAUGGAUCUAAACCAGGCCUUUUCCGUAAAAUCCAGUCCGUCUGUCUCAAUGUCUCAUCAGUGCUGCAGAGCAAAUCUGGGCAGGACUAUAAGAUUCCUAUUGACAACAUGACCAAUGAGAUGGAGCAGAGGGUGGAACCACACAACGACUACUUCAGCACUCAGUUUCUGUUAAACUUUGUGAUACUCGGCACCCACAACAUCACAGUAGAGUCCUCUGUAAUAGACUCAAAUGGUAUUGUCUGGAAAACUGGGCCCAAAACAACUAUUUUUGUUAAAUCUCUUGAGGAUCCAUACUCCCAGCAGGUUCGCCUUCAGCAGCAGCAGGGACAGCCUCCAUCCCAGCAGCAGCAGCAAAGGACUGCUUACUCACGGUUUUGA